UACGUGGCUGUCCCGGCAGCUCGCAGAGACAGCUCAUCCCAUUAGGGCUCCCCUUUUAUCCCGAAAAGCACACACCAGGCACAGGCCAAUCUGCCUCCCGCUGGCAGCAGCCACGAAUUUGGUUGUUGAGGAGCAGAAAAGAAGGUGGAUGUGGCAGCCAUGGCACGGCUCUUUGGCUACGUGGAUGUGACUGACACUGGCUUCAUUGUGGCUGUGCUCUCCAUCGUCUUCAACCCACUCUUCUGGAAUGUGGUGGCCAGAUUGGAGCACAAAACACGAGUGUUCAGCCGAGUCUUCGGCUCUGCACAUGCUGCCUGUUACUGCCUGGGUGCCGUGAUCCUGCUGCUGAACUGUGUGCGGAGCCACUGCUUUACAGAAGCCAUGAAGAGCCAGCCAAAGCUGGAAGGCUGGGACUGCCACUGGACCUAUUACUCAGGCGUGGCCAUCUCGGCUGUGGGGACCUUGUUUGUCAUCUCCAGCUUCUUAGCACUGGGAUUCACCGGGACAUUCCUAGGUGAUUACUUUGGCAUCCUGAUGGAGGCAAAAGUGACCAGCUUCCCCUUCAACGUCCUGGAUAACCCCAUGUACUGGGGCAGCACAGCCAUCUACCUGGGCUGGUCCCUCAUGCACGCCAGCCCAGCUGGCCUUUUGCUGACAGCUGUAGUGGCAAUUUCCUACACAAUCGCCAUGCUGUAUGAGGGGCCUUUCACAGAGGAAAUCUACCGGCAGAAACAGAAGGGAGCGAAGAACAAGUAGCCACAGAGCACUGUCUCAGGUACCUUGUGCCUCUCUGGUCCCCGCGCUGUCAGAUUUCCCUGUUUUCCUACUGAGAUGUAUCCUACUAAUUAGCCCAGCAAACCUUUAAUGAGCCGACCGAGCUCCCUGCAGCACUGGAAGUGAUCAGAGGAACAGCCCGAGCGUGGUGGCAUCUCUUCACCACAGCCCACGGGAGAUGGAGGUCCCUGUCCCCAGGUCUCUGUCCCCAACUCCGGGUCACUGCAGCUCCUGAUGCUCUCACAGGAAUUACACAGUGUGGGACCUCCUGACCUCUACUCCCCCAGCGAUUGUUGGAGAUCUUCAGGGGAAAAAGCAAUUCCCUCUGGACUGGAGGGGCAUUUCACAAGUGAGCUCUGAGCAUGGGGAAGCACCGGCUCCAGCUGUUCCUGAAGAUCAUCUGAAGAUGCUGCCAAAGAGCCAUGGGAAGCAGACAAAAGCUCAGAUGAAGCAACAGAGAGGGUUCAGGAGCCCCUGAGGAUUCAAACAGAGCUGGGGAAGGAAGAGGGGAAACUGCUGCAAACUCAACAACAGCAAAACAUGCUGCAAACCCAACAACAAACCCUCUCUUUUUUGGAAGAGGGAACCUCCCCAUCCAGAACUGCAGUUUCCACUUUGCAGAGGUCUCCUGCCACGGAGAGCCCUGCAGUGUCUCUGCACAAUUGCAAAGACUCAGAGAAAGGUGACUGAAAAGCACAGAGAUGUGAAUGUAUGACCCAACCCACUGCCCAAGGGGGGCGGAGGGAUGGCAGCUGUCCCGUGGGGAAACCCUAGCAUGGAGAAGACCCAGGGGAAGAGUCAAUCCCUGUCUGCACCCUGCAGAUGUCUCACCCCUGGCCCUGUUGA